UUGUUCUUGAGUGUUCGGGAGGUAAUUGCUGUUAAUCAAUAUGAAAGGUAAGCUAAUGAUCGGAGGUACAGAAGACGAUCCAUUGACUCAUAUCUCUCUACAAUGUUGCUAAUUCUCCUGGCUAACUCAGCGAAUUUCUUCUUUGGACGUUUCUCUGUGCUGGCGCAUGAUUGUAGAACAGACGCCUUGUGUAGCUGACAAUCCUUACGUAGACCAUCCAGGAAUGUCCACAUCGUUGGGUGAUGACAGGAGAAGAGAGACUGAAGGGCGUGAUGCCAACCCUCCACAAAGUUGUUUGUUCGUGCAACACCGCCGAUGACGUCCAGGUAUUUGUUCCAAGUGUCUGGAGGGAAUAAAGCUGAAGCGUAGUUAUCCCCUCUACCGCGCAGUCUGCGGCCCCGUAUGUACGUAUGCUCGAAGUAGGAUAGAAGUUCCGGCAUGCGAUCAUGUUGUGGCAUUGACUCUGCAAGCAAUUCGAAGGAAUCGACGAUGUCUUCCUCACGUACAUAGGCAAGUGUGGGGAUGACGUAUUCUAAUUCAAUGCUUUGACAGAAGCAUUACAUAAUGCUUUAUAAAGGAUUAAGUGUCUGGGAAUGAAGUGUCGGGGAGGAGGUGUCGGAGAGGAAGUGUCAGGGAGGAGGUGUCGGGGAGGAAGUGUCGGGGGCUCACACUCCUGUCCGCCAUGUUGACGGGUAGUGCGGGUUAGUCACCUGUCACACAAGUGUCGGGGAUUAAAAGUCUCGGGGAUUAAAUGUCUCGGGGAUGAAGUGUCGGGGAUGAAGUGUCGGGGAUGAAGUGUCUGGGAUGAAGUGUCUGGGGAUUAAGUGACCGGACACCAACACAAACAACUGAAGCAAGUACUUCACAGAUCAGACUCCGAGUCUUUAUUUUCCCGGGGUAGUGUCUUACCCUCCCGUAGCAAGUAUGCCUCCUGUUGACAGGGAGACAAUCGUGGUUGCGGUGUUAUCAAAUAGUUCAUGCUUUAUUGCUUAUCGAACACAUCAUCGAUACUUCCUUCCAAUUCUUCUGACGUUGGCUUGAAAACAACAAGGAAACAACAGACAUACACAGGGAAGAAGAUGGCGGCACAUCUCUCCUGCGACCAUCUCACUUUUAUUUCGGUAAGUUUUCUCGUUUGCUUUUUGUUGAUUUCAGCUUGUCAUUCACAACUUGUUGGAAGUAAGCAGUAAAAACUUGUUGUUUAAUCUACUUUCUCGUGAACUUGUGAAUGUGAAGCUCUAGUGUUGCAGAUGGACUUCCAAGUUUGUAUCACUGCUUCUUACAUGUAGAGUGCGCAUGCUCGAAAGGUAAGCGAAAUAUUUAGACGGAGAUAAUCAUCUAAGCAAUGAAGGUAAAGAAACACGAAUAAAGUCAAGCCGAUUAUUAUCAGCAGGUAAACGAGGUUGGUUUAGUUUAAAUACUUCAGUAAUAAUGCCAUGAAAAUGGCAGAAUAUCCCAAUGUUACCGGCGAGUUUAGCACGUGUUUGAUAUCCACAGAGCUCACAACAUGUUCCAGUAAAAAGAAAUAAAAGCUAGGUAUGUUCUCUGAAUGUUUUGAAGUCAACAGUCUGUCAAACCUCUCUGUACAAGAGCGAACAAAUGCACACAGAGCUCAGUGUGUGGAGAGAAAGAGAGAAAGAGAAAACAAUGGAAGGCAGGAAGCACAACCUACUGACUCAGUCCUGACUUACAUAACAAUGAGUGAAUGUUGAAGGUGUGGCUUCUGUCUCUCUCCUCCACUCUACCCCAGCAAGUACAGAGUCUGCUAGUGUUGCAGGCAGGCGGGUGCUGCACUACUUUUCCUGAGGUUGUGAGUAUUGAUCUCAUCGUGACGUCAGCCACAAAAAUAGUUCUCGUUACGGUUUCUGGCUCGUCACGUAGUUGGUGUAGAUGGCGUCAAUAAUUAAAUGUUUUAAUUAAUUAUGACAUUAGCUACAGAUACCUCAUGUCAUCAGCAGGAUUGUUUCAGACUGACUAGACACGUGCAAUGUGAACACAUUAUCAAUGUGUCUGCAAACAACCUGUUCACCGUCUGUGUCAUAACAUCGAUUGAACAUAGAGCGACAAUAACACCGGGAGAGUCACCUCCCCUCCCCGACUGUCAAGGACCCGGCCGAGCUUCAUCCUGCAGGAUUUACCAGAAGUAUGCACAGCAGUUGCUACAGGCGACAACAGACAUGUGUAGCAGUAGUUGUGCUUAUCUUCAGCCUCCUACUUGUGUACACUGCAUCGGUCUCAGACAAAGAUGUAACCUGUGAAGCUCCUUCAGUGGAACCCUUGGUGAGUACUUCAGUCAUCUGUCACUUUCCUGAGGAUGUCAGUCAGACAAGGAGGAUCAUCAGUGUCUCCAUCAACAAGGGGAAGACAUAUCGAGACGAGAAGGACAUAUUGGACUGCUAUUGGCUGUCAGGCAAAAGGGAGUGUCGCAUCAUGUUGCCUGGAUACAGUUUCAACGGAACGAUAUCUCACAGCCUCACUUUGGAAAUCCCUCGAGUUUCUACAGAACACAUGGGAAAAUACGCUUGUAAGCUUUCCAGCAUGGAUCCUGACAAUAUAAAACCCUGUGAGCUGAAAGUUGGUUUAGUGGGGAAAACGAAAUGUGACGUUCGCUCAGUAGACCAAACGUCACACACGUCACUGACUUGCUACUUCCCCGAGAAUCUCAACGAGACGAGAGCGGGACUGAGUGUCUAUCACCAUACAAGCCGUGGACAUAAAGAGUCGGUGAUGUCUUGUAGAUGGAAGGACGAGAGUUUUAACUGCACCAUGGCCAAUGGCUACGAGCUUGAUGGCAGUGUGACAGAUCACGUGACUCUCACACUACCCAGCGCCUCACAGCGGCAAAGAGGGAAAUACAGCUGUCACAUGACAGACCAGCCUUCUGUUAGUAGUCAACUUUGCUUAUUCCCGUUAGAAAAUGAUGCAGCAGUAAACUCGUCUUGCUCCAUUCCCAGUGUCCAAGAGAUGGAGUCCACAACACUGACCUGCAGAUAUGGUGUUGACAUGAAUGUGACGAGAAGAAACUUCACAGUCGUUCAUCUUGAUGGUAAUGUCGACAUCCUAAACUGCAUCUGGUUGAACGAUCAACUGGACUGCACUCCAGCCCCAGGUUACCAGUUCAACAACACCGUCACGGAUCACCUCGUCAUCGGUGUACCGCGAGCGUCACGUGAUCACAACGGAACCUACGCUUGUCACGUGAUGGGCUCUGAUGAAGAGAACUUUGCGCCGUGUGAAUUUAUCAUCACACAAGUUUCAGAUAAACACAGGAAUGAUGAGUCGUUUCUAGCGGUCAUUGUCAGCAGUUUUGUGAUACUGAUUCUUGUGUCGCUUCUCAUCUUUAUCAUCUAUAAAUGGAAGACAAGGGAAAGAUUAAUGGAAAGGGAGCACAGGCCAGCUGUGGGUCCAACAAGUUUACAUGAAAGCACGCCAAUGACACGUUCAUCACAGGAUCGCGGCAAUGAUAGUGCUUUGAGGGAAAGAGAAUCAGAAACGGAUUCAACCGAUGGCGACAGAGCAGAGGACAGCAGCUGCCAGCUUUUCAAAGCCUUCUGCAUCUCGCACACAGAAGCACCAAAUAAAUUGAGGAAUGUGCGGGUGAAGAUACGUGUAGUGUUUCAUCUGGAAACUACAGGACUAGGGAAGAAGUCUCACAUUCUGCGGAUCGCUGCGGCAAGUCGAAGCAAAAGUUUCUUUACAUACGUUUAUCCUCGUAGUCCGAUUGAGUCAGGCGCGGAGGAAGUCAACAAACUUUCCAAAAUUGAAGGCCGACUGUGUAAGAAUAAAAAACCAGUGGAUGCUUUGACUAUUGAUGAGGCACUGUCUGAGUUUCUAAAGUUUCUGGGAGAUAAACCUGUCACAUUGUUUGCUCACAACUGCCGGAAGUUUAGCGCCCCCAUUCUGUUGUCUGAAGUGACAGCAUGUAACAUGUUGGAGGAACUGAAGGGAAAAAUUACAGGUUUUGUUGACACACUUUAUUUAUUCAGACAUGUCUAUCCUGGUCUACUUUCUUAUCGCCAAAGUGAUCUGUACAAGCACUUCUUUCGCGAGUCCUACCAAGCACAUGAAGGCAUGAACGACGUGACAUCGCUACAAAGACUGCUGGACCUGCCGCGCGUCACACGGAAAGCCGUUAAGAAAAACUCGUUUGGUUUCGACGACAUACCUGAUGAUGAUUCUCAAAAGGAGAAGAACUCGCCCAGCCAGCAGGCUAUGGUCGCUUCAGGUUCUGUCGGCAAUGUCGGAGUAGCUGCGGCAAGCGGAUUGGGUGACCACCUGAGGCCUGCCUGCAAAGAGGACGACAAGACAGGUGUACUGAGUGACCUCCGGCUGCCUAACUGUCAGAGCAACGCAAGAAUGUCUCAUAAAGAGACAUAUUUUUGACAUAUUUAAAACAAUAUUUUUUCAACUCCAGUUAAAGAUAUUUGACUAUUAAAGAUUAUCAAAAGACACAGGAUAGUUGGAUAUCUUCUCGUCCUUCAACACUUUUCUUCUUGAGCCCAAGAACAACACAAACAGCAGCCUCACCAGAAACGCUGCAAAACAACAUAAUAUGUUAUAUAUUAUAUUAAACUUUGCAUUUAUGAAAGGAGGACACAACAAGAACCAUGGCGACCUGGACAGAACCAAGAAAACUAUUUGCAAUCAUAAUUAUUUUUUGGUUGUUUGGUGAACAUUGAUGUUCGUGUAAUUUUAUUCGUGUUUUCUUUGUAUUAAGAUCUCGUUAACAUAACUUAAGUAUGUGAGUGUGUGAUUUGUUACCAGGUAUUGAUGAGUUACUAGUUUCUUUAUAUUAAAUUUUCGAAUCAAUUUACUGUAGAAUUGAUGAUGACCGUUGUGUAAUACUCAAAUAACUGGUGGAGACUUUUGUCUAUUACAGUUAGAACAUGGUGGUGACGACCUUUACCUGAAUUUUGUGGCUGUAAGUGUGGGCAAAAUAAACACGAAAAGAAUCUGAUUGUUUUUAAUGC